UAGGUGGAGCUAAAGGGCCUGUUUGUUAAACUGUUUCUUGAGGACCCUGAUGUGUGUUGCUGGAGCAUUUUGACCUCCUGGAACUGAAGGGUGAACAGCUGACCCACAUCCUUCUGAGCAGACUUCAGCUGCAGCGGAGCAGGAUGAAGGAGCAGGAGAACAGAGGAGGAGGGAAGGCUGGCAGCAUGAAGGAGGAAGAUCAGAGCUGGAUCCCAAAGGUCAUCAAGAAGAGGAUCUGCACCACAUUCGUAGAAGACUCCUUCAGUAACGGGGCGUUGUGUCAGUGUGGCGGCGUGCGUGAGCAGCAUGGCUCAGUGGCUACAGGAGAUUUCUUUGGAGCGGCGAUCGUCACUCAGUGGGACAGCAGACAGCACUCCUCUGAGGGUCCCACUGACGCCUACGGGAAGCUGGAGUUCGCCGGCACUGGACGCAGACACAGCCAUUUUCUCCGCCUGUCAUGUGACACGCCCCCUCAGAUCGUCUACAACCUGAUGACGCAGCGCUGGGGGCUCCCCUCCCCCAACCUGGUGGUGUCUGUGGUGGGGGGGGAGGGCCGAGAGAAGAUCAAACCGUGGGUGAGAGACAUCAUCAGGAACGGGCUGGUGAGAGCUGCACAGAGCACAGGUGCGUGGAUCCUGACGGGGGGUCUGAGGGAGGGCGUGGCCCGCUGUGUGAGCGAGGCAGUGAGGGACCAUGGGGCGGCGGCUCCGGCUCUGACCCAGAAGAAGGUGAUCGCACUGGGCGUGGCUCCGUGGGGGCUGGUCCAGAACAGACAGCAGCUCGUCAACGCUCAGGGCAGCUUUCCUGCUCGUUACUACGUCCAGGACACGUCUCAUGACUCCUGCUGUCUGGAUAAUAACUGUCAGGCGUUCCUCCUGGUGGAUGAUGGGAGUGUUGGCCGGCGGGGUGGAGAGACCGGCUUCAGUGCCAGCCUGGAGCACUACAUUUCCCAUCAGCGCACUGGCAUCUGGGGAAGUGGCAGUAUAGAGAUCCCCGUGCUCUGUAUGCUGAUCUCAGGAGAUUCCAGCAUGCUGGAGAGGUUAGACUCCUCCCUCAGGAAACAGACCCCCUGGUUGGUCCUGUCUGGUUCUGGUCCGGCUGCAGACUUCAUCAGUGAGCUGCUGACUGACGUCUCCCCCUCCUCCCCCCCUGCAGAGGGGGAGGCUGCUGAGGGCCUCAACACGGAGCUCUGUGACAGAGUCCGUGACAGGCUGCAGAAAUACUUCACCGCUGAGACCGAGAUGGAGAGACUGUUGGACAGAGCUCUGAGUAUCUUCCAGUACAGAGAUCUCAUCACAGUGUUUCAUGGCGGUCAGGAGUCUUCAGAGGAGUUUGAUACGAUUCUUCUCAAAGCUCUGGUUGGAGCCAGUAAACGAGUGUCCAGUGAAGCCAGCGAGUACACCGACGAGCUCAAACUGGCCGUGGCGUGGAACAGAGUGGACAUCGCCAAGACGGAGUUGUUCAACGGACAUAUCCAGUGGAAGUAUGAGGACCUGGAGGACUCGAUGACGGACGCCCUGAUAAACGACAAACCGAAGUUUGUGCGUCUGUUCUGUGAGAACGGUCUGAACAUCGUGGACUACCUGUCUUACGGCCGUCUGGAGAGUCUGUACCGCUCUCUGUCCGACAACUCGCUCACCUCCGUCCUGCUGCAGAGACGUCUGAACGAGCGGCAGGACCUCGCCGGGAUGCUGCCUCGCCUGGACCCUGUGACAUCACCGCUCAAAAGUCCACAGAGCGUGCUCAGUGGCGCCGCCUCCGCCAUGGAGCUGAACCUGUACGAGGUGUCUCGGCUGCUGUGUGACCUGCUGGGUGACGUCUGUCAGCCUUUCUAUUACGGACCUCUGGGCCUGGACCACAACACCAGCACCAGGAGGGCUAUGAAGCACGUCAACAAGAUGCUUCUUGGGGAGUGUCUGUACCGGGACCGGCGCUGCCUGACCCCCUGGUCCGCCCUCUUCAUCUGGGCCGUCCUGCAGAACCGCAGCGAGAUGGCGGUUUACUUCUGGGAGAUGGCGGGGGAGUCGGUGCUGAGCGCUCUGUCUGGCUGUAAGAUACUCAGAGAACUCUCUCGGCUGGAGACUGAGACGGAGAACAAAGUGUCCAUGAAGAAGCUCGCUCAGAGGUUUGAACACCUCGCACAAGAUGUGUUUGGAGAGUGUUACCAGAACAGUGAGAGCUGCUCCUUCACUCUCCUUAUAAGGACGUCUCCGGUGUGGGGCGGAGCUACUUGUCUACAGAUGGCCACAACAGCAGACGCCCGCCACUUCUUCAGCCAUGAUGGCGUUCAGUCUCUGCUGUCUCAGAUCUGGUGGGGCGACAUGGAACGCAGCACGGAGGUCUGGAAGCUGGUCCUCACCUUCUUCCUGCCCCCCCUCCUCUACACCAAGCUCAUCAGCUUCAGGAAGCAGGAGGAGGAGGUGAAGUCUGUGGAGUUCCAUCACUACAGAGACACAGACAGUCUAGAGGGAAACAACGCCACGGUCUGCUCCUUUGCCGACAUCACACAGAGUGAAGAAGAAGCUGAGGAGCUCAGAGCUCUGAAAGAAAACCUGAAAGAGCCUUCACCUUCAAACUCAAAGAGGCCGUUCAUCUUGUCACGGUGGAGACAAUUCUGGUUCGCUCCCGUCACCUCCUUCCUAGGGAAUGUGCUCAUGUACUUCCUGUUCCUCUGCCUAUUUGCAUACGUUCUGCUGGUGGACUUCAAGCCCCCGCCCCCCAAAGGUCCGUCCACCCUGGAGUUUGUGCUCUACUUCUGGGUCUUCACCUUGGUGUGUGAGGAGAUCAGACAGACGUUCUUCAUGGGCAGCAACUUCGUGAUCCAGAGUAUGAAGAACUACAUCCAGGACGUCUGGAACAAAUGUGACUUCACUGCCAUCUCCCUCUUCAUGCUUGCUCUCUGCUGCAGGAUGUUCCCCGAGUCGUACGAGUUCGGUCGGGCCGUGAUGGCCAUCGACUUCUUGGUCUUUACUCUUCGUCUGAUCCACAUCUUCGCCAUCCACAAACAGCUGGGACCAAAGAUCAUCAUCGUGAGCAAGAUGAUGAAGGACGUCUUCUUCUUCCUCUUCUUCCUCGCCGUGUGGCUCAUGGCGUACGGAGUAGCCAAUCAGGCGCUCCUCUACCCGUACGACCCGCGUCCCAACUGGAUAUUCCGACGAGUCUUCUACAGACCGUACCUGCACAUCUUUGGACAGAUUCCAAUACACGAAAUGGACGCUGAUAAAUGGGAGGAGAACAAAUGUACCAACAACGUCACGCUGAUCGAGGCCGGAGAGGAGCCGUGUAUGAGCACGUACGCUAACUGGCUGGUGGUCAUCCUGCUGGUCAUCUACCUGCUGUUCACCAACAUCGUGCUGGUCAACCUGCUCAUCGCCAUGUUCAGCUACACCUUCUCUAAGGUCCAGGGGCGCAGCGACACCUACUGGAAGUUUCAGCGCUACAACCUGAUCGUGGAGUACCACUCGAGGCCCUGCUUAGCCCCGCCCUUCAUCAUCAUCUCACACCUCCACCUGGUCAUGAAGAGAUACGUCCGACAGAUCCCCUCGGUCAAGAGCAAACACUUUGUCCUGGAGCUGUGCGGCAGGAAGGCGAGCUGGCUCAACACGUGGGAGGCGAUCCAGAAAGAAAACCUGCUGUCAGCUCAGAACAAGAGAGUGAGAGAGAGCGACACGGCCCGACUCAAAGACACAUCCACCAAGGUGGACAGCGUGCUGAGGCAGAUGUCAGUCCUCUGUGAUCACGACCGAAGGCUGCGCCUGUUGGAGUCUGAGUUGGAGUACUGCUGCAGCGCCCUCUGCUGGAUGACAGAGGCUCUGUCUCUGAGCGGUCUGUUAAAAACUGAUCGCCCCCCCCCUCUGCUCCCCCCCUCUGCUCAGAGGUGAAGUCCACUGAAAACAUUUCUUAACAUUAAAAAGUUAGUUUGUGAUUCAGAAGUUUAAAUCAUGUAAACCAUUUCUUGUGUAGUAGAUCUGACAGCUCUGUCUCCAAGCUGAGUCUUUGAACUCCUGAACACACACACACAAAAUGUUAAAUCAAAGAGCACCUUGUUUGCCAUUCUGCAUCUUUUUGUUAGUUUGAUGCUGAUUUCUGAUGUCGGGUGUUUGAGCUGCGAUUUGAAGUCAGGACCCUCGAACACAGAAAAGGACCCCGAUGCAGACCGUUGGUUCAGAGCUGGUACUGUUCAAACAACAAAAGGUACAAAAGACCUGACGGACUGCACACAAACACAUCAGUUCUCCACGUUGUGACAGACUAGACUAGGACCAAACCAAAGACUUUACCUGCCUUCAUGUGAACCCUCCUGAAGUCUGAACACUGGAGGAGAUAACAUAUACACAAACUGAAUGUGUGUGUGAGGGCGAGAACCUUUAUGAGUGUAAUCUAUUAAAUGGUUCGGGGGUGUAACCUUUGCUGUCCAAUCAGAGAGACACAAAUAUAAACAGUGUGUCUAGUCUCUGUCUCCAGUCUAAGGGCGUACGUCAUCACGUUAGAUAGUCGGGGAUUUUCCCAAUAACCUCCGAGUUCUUUGGCUUUUAAUCCACGAGACUCAUUUAAAUGUUCCGUUAACACUCGACCUCUGCAUCGGACGUCAACGCAUCGCAUCUAUGUGUAAAAUGACUGUCGAGUUGUGAUCCCGUGUGUGAGCGGUGACAUAACCUUUUCAAACUGAACCUGUUCAAGCUGCUGUAAACACGUGAACCAAAGACACAAACUGCUGCGCUCUUCACAGCUUUAGAUCGCUUUGGGUCACGCUUCAUCAGUGUGCCGCUGUUUCCAGUGACAAAGCUCUAAACGACCUUCCACACAGCGACGCUUUUAACAGCUAAAGACAUGGGAGAUAUUUCUCUGAGGAGCCGGUGGAGACCAAACACAGAGCCUAAAGAGGAUCUCACUUAAAGCCAUCAAGACCAGAAAGAGCUGGAUAACAUCUUCCAUCUCUUCAUUCAAAGGAAUAAAAACAGUAAAAUUCUGACAAACACACCUGGAUAGAGAUGUGACAUAUUUCUAGCUUGUUCCACUCUGCAAAGAAGCAGGAAUACAUUUCAUUUGCAAUUUCUUAAUAAAAGGAUUUACAUGAUA